GGUGUGCUAUCAGGUUCUCAGCAGUAUGGCUUGCAUUGUGUGUCCGGCCGCAGUCCGGCAUACCCUUUUCGGCAAUGAUAAGCGAAGCCGGUCCUCGAUUUGUCGCGUACUUGUACUUGUACAUCGCCAGCCUGAUCAACCCACCUACGCAAGGCAUGGAGUGCAUGUACUGAAAAGCAGGCUGGGGCAGGCAAAGUCUGCGCCUCUCGCGGCUGCAGCCCCUAUAGGUCCAGGAAUCACAAGCUUCGAUCCUCAUGCACACCGCUAUUGUGUUGCGGGGAUGGGCAAGCACAUAAUUGAUAAUGACAAGCAAAACUCACUUCUAUUAGUUUCGUUUAACCCCAGGUUUCCUUGUUCCUGCAUCAAAAACGAGUUGUCUGUCUCGCUCGCAUGAUGACUUCGUUAGGAAGAAUCGCCAACUCGGCCGUUUCCCUCACAAAUGAGAACACGCUCGCUCUUGUGAACAUCAACCUAGACUUCUCGUUGUUUCGUUGCAAGCCCGCUCAGGAGUUCCUACCCGUCGGUUCAGCAUUGACGAUCAGGAGAAGGGAGGAAGCCGAGACAGGCCCAACGCAUAGAACGGCCUGCAAGCUUGGAUUCCUAUUCCACGAGGUCAUCCCCGACACCCCGAAACUCAUCAAAGCCUUCGGCCGGCGCGUUUCCGAGAUUUUGUCCCGUCCAGGCAUCAAUCCACAAGGGACCGAGAAAGAUGGGCCGUUUAAACCCUUCGUCGGAGCCGAUUGCACCUCGGUUUGGGCGGCCGCAACCUCGGGUUCCUCCUCCAUCGGCGUUCUUCUUCUCGCGUGUAUGCUGGCGGACGCAUGGGACGCGAAGACGGCCACGUCCAUCUGGGUUGAGAUCAUUGAGGAACGAAAGAAGAAGAUCCGGGCGGACGCGGAUGCCAGCAAGCUCGUCAACCCGCACACGUCUACCGCUGCGCAGCAAGAGUACACCAGAGCUGAGCUGGCGUCCUGGGAUGCGAGUGUGCGUGCAUGGCUGCGGCGAGCUGGGGCUUCAAUGAAAGUCCAGCGCACCCAGUUCGCCAUCAUCGCGCAGAACCUGACUAUCCCGUAUCCGAGAGCCACAUGCACGUACGACACGGUCACAUUGACGUGGACGCGAGCGAUGGAGGUGCUGGAAAAGCUCCUCGACAAUCUCCCCCAGGCAGCCUGCGAUCGAGCAGUGAUCCGGGGCAUAUCGGCUUGGCAUCUCUAUCCCGAUCUCCUAGUGUUCCAGGAAGAGGCUACCAAGGUGUCCUUCCGAGACCCCCUCUUCCAAGCUUCGGCUAUCCUCAGCCUGGGGCUCGAGUACAAGGGGCAGCCAUCCGACAACUUCAUCCGCUGGUCACUUGCCUUGUCACAUCUGAGGUAUUACGGAAACCCAGUCCCUGUCCGAAGCAACGAGCAGCUCAGCCGAGUGCACAUGUCCCAGCUUUGGUUGGUUGCGCUCGGGGCCAUCUUCUGCAAAUGGCAAGUCCCUUACACGAAAUUCGACGACGCGCUCCGCUGGUUCGAAGAGCUCGGCAAGAAGCUCCAUCAAACAACGCGCUCCCGCGCCGAGCUGUCCUGGCUCUCACACCUCUGCGCGGCGGCCACGGGUCUUGACGGCGAGAGACGAAAGACAGCGACAAUGCUCGUCAAGUACGGCUGGAGACGAGGAGCAAACUUCCUCGGCGGCAACAUUGCUCCAGACGUAAAGCUGGCCUUCUUCGGUUUAUGCAAUGAGAACGUGAUGGAUGCAUUGAGCCAGGAGACGCACGUCGAUAGCGGGAUCCAGUACCUGAGAGGAAUCGCCUCAGCACUGCUGAUCAACGCAGAGGAUGCCGUCAUCUCGUAUGAAGGGGAGAUCGCUGGGCUUAAAUAUAGCGAAUGGGCCUCCAUCCGUCCGAUAAGUGAGCAUCUUGCUGAACGACGUGGUACCGCCAAUUGUCUCAACAAUGGGAGACCUACAAACCAACGCUACGCAAGAUGGCUGCACUGCGAAACAACAGGGAUCCCGGGACACAAUAUCAAGCUUGAAAUGGAGCUGCAGGAAAGAUGGGUAAAAGUUGAGUCCAGCGGCGAGAUCUGCAAAGUCGUGACGGAAGAAGAAAACCUGCUUCAUGUCCCAGCCGGGGCGAAGAAGGAACUGAUGUGGAAUAAGCCUCCGAACUUGUUCGCCGGACCGGUGGGCUUCAAACACCUGUUCGGCCCGUGGGGUUUAUCUAACAAGACUUAUGGUCUAUGGAUCAGAGGGAACAAAUACGCGGACUGCGUUCGGUACCUGGAUUCCCGACUCAAAGCUCACUUUGAGCGACCUCCGUUUCUGGAACGUGGGCUUGAAUGGCUCCAAGGCAUGAAUUGUGCCGACAAUGUCGUCGAGUAUCUAUCGGCAAUGAUGAAGCCGUCCCCUGUUAGCACCAGACUGCCGUGGAGCGAGCAGUUCUCGACAAAACUUCCACAGCGAGGCACGAAACGAAAGCGUCAUGCCUCACCACAGGCGCCAUCUUCUAAGCGCGCAGAGGAGCGCGCCAUGACUGAUUUCGAGAACGACCACGGAGUCGACGAUGAAGUAGACCAUGAGCCGGCCGACUGUUUCUUCAUGAUGAACUUUGCCUUUCGCCCGCCCAUUGCUUGGCUCCUAUCACUAAGGGCCCUUGAGCUUGCCAACGAAGUUUACGAUAGGCUUCCUUCGGCGACCGUGUCGAUACAAGUGACAGAGCAGGAGCUGAUCAAGGCUCACUGGCUGCCCCUGUCGAUACAAGAUGCCCUUCGGGCCGAAUCAAACGCGGAUGCUUACCUGACUGCUUGCAUUCCGGCCUCGCAGCAUCUCAAAUCCAUGGGACGCGCCCAAUCAUUUGCCUGCGUGGCCAUGUUCGAGUCCGGCCGCUUCAACAUCGACCCUGCCAAGCUCAAUGAAGUUAUCGCCUUGUGUUCCGAAGACUCCAUCUUCGUUUCUGAGAUCCUGCUCUCCGACCCCAGCAUGGACGCGGAGAAACUCAGCAUCAGACACAUCAUCGGAAACGUCGGUGUCCCCGGCAUGGUGUGCAUGGUGUCGCCCACGGAGCCUCGUAUUCGGUCUCUUGGACAUGACGCCUCUCUGGUGUCGCAUGCUCCUUACGACGGUCCGCUUACCGAGAAAUUCCGGGGAACUUCGCUACACCUCUCAUUCACAACGUGGAAAAUCCCACUUGAUUGGGAUAGCACGGGCGAUAUUGACCAAGAGAUCCACCUCAUCGAAUCUGUCGUGUCCGUCCAAGACCAGGGCAAAUGGGUAGCCGACAUUGACGUGCUAGGCGUCGAGACGGAUGGACUCGACAUCAUAUCCUUCAGUUGUGAAUGCGAGUCCGAGCCAUCUUCGUACGCCCAGAACGUCGUCUCCAUCUCCUCGUGGGAGGAGUUUCUCGACCAGCCUCCUUGCAUCGGCAUCUUGCAAACCAAGAAGAACUGGGCCGCCAGACUGGCUGCGGCUUCCAUCUUGAUCCAACAGGGGAACGGCCACACUGCUGCGAUAUUGAAGGGAGGGAAACUGUGCUGGAAUUGCCUGCGCGAAGCGUACGAGGACCCGGAGCCACACUUGCCCCAAACCAUCAUCCUCUAGUUCGUCUUUAUAUAGGUACCUAGGUACUCUGGGGGGUCUAGCGGGUGUUAGAUAGCCACAUUAAUACCAAACUCUCAUAUAACUGG